ACUUUUACCAAGUACAUGCGCCAAACCGGGCUCCAUGUCAAUCAUUAGGUACAGGUAAUUAAAUGGCACUCAAUCCAACCACAGCGCUUGCAACUACCUAGGUAGGUACGGCACCGCACAUCAACAUGUGCGCUGUUUGAUGCCUUGUCCACCUACCUACCUGCCCUUUUACCUAUCAAUUAAUCUACCUAGUCUAGUCCUGUACCACUGCUGGAAAACUCUCCAAUCGACAUUUCAGACCAUUCCGAGCUGCAUAUGAGUUCUUGCGCAUGCAGACCAACCAACCGGCACUUUCGUCACAAGUCAAAAUUGUAAGCAGCUUGGCAGCACAGACCAGACGCAAAAGUUUAUUCAGUUAGUUCGGCCGUAAUUCCCUAGCCCGUCUAGUUUUGGGCCAUGGACGCCAGCCUUGCCAGCGCGGCGCCGCCGCCGUCAGCUGUUGGCGGCCACCGGGGCCUGUUGUCCAAGAUCCCCUUCAUGAGAUCCCAUGGUGUCAGCCAAGCGUCACACCAGCACCAGCACCCACCCCCACCAGAGGGGCAGGUCCACGGUACUGUUACCGGUGUCGAUGCUGGUCACAUCCCAGGUCCGAGUCCCAUCCCGACCGCCCUGCAACAGCAGAAGACUCGCCGUAGGAGAGGCUCGCUUCGAAAGGUUGCGUUGCUGGGUCGCGGUGCCCAGCGAGAGAGGCGCGACAUGUCGGAUUCUUCUGCCGCUGCUGUUGUCGCUGCCAGCGGAAUAUCUUUGGUUGUGCCUCCAAAAGAUGUGGAUUCAUCUACCGGUCUUGCAGCAGCCUCUUCACCAUCGUUCCCGUUGUCUCUCACCGCAGCGACACAGGUGAAUAUCGCGAAUGACGCAGAAAGUCCACCUGGAUCCAACACCCCCGGCAAAACCCCACGCCCGCCAAGCCAAAACAACAUCGCAAGACCAGUAGUAGGGGUUAAGAGCAGGUCGACAUCGCCAUCUGCAGCAGCAUGGUCCGCGCUGCCGCCCAUAGAUAUCCCGCCAAACACAAGGGUUGUCGAGGAAUCCAGUACAGCAACUGCCUCGUAUUCCACCACCGAUGAUGAGGACGCCCUGCGUUUGCCACGCCGGGCGUCCAAUAAAUCGUCCCUGCUCCGUCCAGGCAUCCCAUCGACGUCCGGCUCCGAGUCAUACUUUUCCGGCGGCCUCCCUGCACCUCGGGCCAACUUACAGCGUCGCCGAUCAGGCAAUCGCGUCCGAUCACCACUGGCCCUUGGGAGUCUGAACUCGUCGCCCAUGAACUCUGGUGGACUGAUACAACAGGCUGCUGAAUGGGAUUACGAUGAGACCGAGCGUUGGGGUUGGAUAAUCCUUUUCAUUACCUGGUUCGUCUUCGUCAUGGGCAUGGGGUCUGUCACAGGCAUCUGGACUUGGGUUUGGGACGUUGGCCCGGACACAGUCUACCCGGCCUGGCUUGAGGCGUGGGACGACCCAACCUUGCCGAUUGAUGGCUACUACCCGUCACUUUUGCUCCUGACGUUUGUUAUGGUCUGGGUUUGGGUGGUGGUCUCCUGGAUGGGGAUGAAGUACUUCCGGCAUGCGAAGAUCAACGGCGAUCACUGAAUCGUCACGCUGUUGCCUGAGAUUACAACAAAGACGAUACUUUAUAUCAACACAUGCUACCGCACCCACAGCGUCCAUACUCUGCGAGUCUUUACCAGUAGACCGCUACUUGCCCCUGCCCAAGGCUUUGGGCCUCAUGCUCCCGGCUUCAAGGCCAUUGGAAGACUCCUCGAUUUGUCUUGGGGAUCGAACACUAUGGUCAACAGUGCCUCCCAUAAUCAACAUGCCGUUGCAAGAUAUCUCGGCCCUGGUUGUUCAGCACAAAGGAUGAACAUCGGGAGAAGUAUCAGCAUGGGAAUCUCACCAUGCUUGGUACGCAUACCAGUGGUCAGAAUGGCAAUAGUCUGCCAGGAGGGCUGACUACUACAGGCGUGUAGUCAGUUCGGUCAAGAUUCCGAUGCAAGCAGCUUGAGGCACUCCGAGUGAUUUUCUGCUGGUCAGUCGAAUGCCACCAUCUAUUCGGAAUCCGGACAUCGACCGCGACUGCGCUGCCUUGUAUCGUUCGAGUAUCUGUCCAUAUGCGAUACCAUGCGGCUGGGAUGAUGAACUUAAGCUCACAAAAACAGUGAGGGCUGAAAUGCUUUCUGAUGAUGAUUCAUACGGCGCUACUAAGGCCACAGGCAUGUGCGCUUUUUUGGGUUUUACGUCCUCAUCCAUAUUAUGUAACUUCCGCCAAGGCGGCACAUUCGCAACCUAGGAUUACCAGAUCAGUUGCCUCAGGAAUCCUCAGAGAACCCGAGCAGUUGCUUCCUGUUGCGGAGGAAACUGCGGCAUUAGCAAGAUAUGAAAGUGCAUCAAUGUUGAAGCCUCCUACAAGGACCGCUUCUGCUACGUUAUCAUAUCAAUGAGCGACCCCAGUGAGGGUGUCGCAUAUGGCAAAGUCGAGUGUCAUCGAGCUGGCCGGCCCAAGAUGAGUUUUAGUCUUGCUGUGCCCCAAGCACCUGGAUACAUACCCAUAGUCAUUUCGGCACUAGAUCGAUGGGACCUGAAUCCUGGCAAUGUGGGCUGGGCGAUAGCCCAACGACGGUAGCAAUAUUUGAAGACGGUGUCUGCAAAUGGAACGGAUCCAAUGAGUUCCCAGGAACUUGAAGAUUUUCUUUGCGGCCGCUAAUUGUAACAGACUGUACAUGGCUAAGCCAGGUUCAGUAAAAUAAUGGCUGUGUUGUCUGUCUUCCAGUGGAUUGGGACGACAAGCAUUGGCCGGCGGAAUCCAGGUGUUGCUGCUUUAAUAUGUAAUACAAUUGCCUCGAAGACAUGGAGCCGAAAUAUGUUCUGGUGCUCGUUCGGGAUUUUCCUUUUUUUAACGGAACUCAUCGCCACCUAGUUCGACACUUGGCGUACGGUACUUUGAUGGAGAGAGAUGCGCACAAAAGCAACCCCUUCUUCGUGGCGUCGUUCGGCUGAAGCCGUUGGAAAACUAAGUCAUUCCAGGCCUACUUCAGAUGAAAUCAAAUUCCAGAAGCAAUAACCGCCCCCAUUCGGCUAGGUUGUCAUGUACCGGGAGACGCACGCAAGGUGCACCGCCAUUCACACGUACCUGACAAGGGGCAUUCCACCCUAGCACGCCUGCAAAGAUCUUCCUCAGCCCUACAACAGGGCGCCAUCUACGUAGCCUGCGGAUGGCCUUGUUCUGGGGCAAGGGUCGUGUCAUUACCUAUACCAGGGACUACGGAUACUACCAACAUAGUACCCUAUGUACCUAGCAGAUGGCGAUGAUGCACGCUUAGUGUCUUGCUAGUUACGAUGUGCGUCCCUCCGUACGGGGAUUAGGAAAAAGCAACAUUUCUUCACAAAAAUGAAAGCCGAACAAUAAGGUUGAAAUCUCUCAAUGUCUUGAACUCAAAUCUGCCACCCUGCACUGCAUCCUGUUCUUAUUGCAUUAAGCGCCAGCGAACCCAAGACAAGAUACAAGCCGCGCAGGCUGGGCGCCCAAAAAUUCAAAGCCCUUGAGAAACAGACGCGCUAUACUGUUUUAAGUGGCCACCUCCGUAACACCUGUAGAAGGCUGACGGCGCUUACCUUUCCAGAGAAGUAAUACCGUAUAUAAAAAGCACGCCCUUUUUGUUAGCGCCAUCCUGAGACGAUGGAGGGUGACAUUUCGAUUCAAGCGAGCGAGCAGAAAAAAAAAAGAAAAAGAAAAUCAUCAAUCCAAAUCGCCACCAGGACGUCAUGUGGUCAUCAGGUGCACUGUACGACAAGAGACGUUUGACACUGUUUGCUGACUGAUUGACGUUUCAGUGUCUGCGUGUUUGUUGAUGUAUGAGGCCUCGAGUCGAACCGUUUUUUUUUUUUUAUGUCUCUCCCAAUUUCCGAGUCCCAUCCGCCUCCCGGUUCAAUUCGACUUCGACCCACGCCAAUACGUGCGCAUUGCGGGAGAGCAUGCGCCGAGGACGAGGCGGGGAAUCAGAUCCCAUCCGUUGUUUCUUCUCGAAGCCAGGUGCUUGCUCGCUUGGACCUUAUCACACACGUUUUAUGCGUUGGUUCGUCCGUUCAUCCCUCUUUCAAAAUAGAGGCAUGCAAUAUGAUUUAAUAACAGUCGGGUUGUAUUGCGGUCAUGUCAAAGUUUUUGGUUAUGCGAGAUCUUGUUUUUUUUCUCCUCCACUGAAACAAUGUCCAAAGUCUCUUUGGACUCGUCCAGACGAGUUUAUUCAGUAGUAAAAGUCCAAAAAGUCUAGGUCUAGAUCAACGCCAGAACUCGACGUGCGCUUGGCGUGGACUUUUAUUAUAGUUAGGUGACAGAUUUUAUUGUGUCUUGGCGGUAAAGCUGUAAACGGUUCAGCUUUGGGGAACUGUGGCGACGAGGGGAGACAGAACAGGCACAAAUCCAAUUCAAGCAUGUAUGUUGUGUGAUCAAUGCGACCCCGAUCCUGGACAUGUGAGCGCGCCUGGAUCCUUUUUUCCCGCGCAAGGCUCCGGAGUGCCUAAUUGAGAGCAACCAAAAAUCAAGGAGGCUAAUGCGGCGCUACCAUAGUCGCCACAGUCAAUAUAAUGAGAUUCGAUUUUGGAUACGGUAGGUACUUGUACUCCAACA